AUGGUCAGCGGCAAGGACGCUGCACCGUCGCCGGACGACGUGGCCGCUUUAACGAACCAAAUUUACACGUCGAAGACGUCGCAAGAGUCACUGGACGCUUCGUAUGCGCUCACCGACGCUCUGCUUAACAGCGUCGGCUUCCGUGGACUCUAUGGCUACAACAUCAUCCCGGAUAACCUUAAAGCGGCUGCAGACAAGAAGCUUGCAGCGAAGCGCGAGGGUGCCAUGUUUGCACUCGGCGCAAUCUUCGAGCGCUUCCCGCCCAAGGAUAGAGUGAGCGAGGUCAUAUUCACACGUCAAGAACAAGCGCUGGUUGUAUGUGCGUUAGACGCGCUUGCAGAUAAGCAGGGUGCGGUGAAGGAGGGGGCACGCUACGCUCUUGAUGCACUCUUCACCAAUCUUUCGUCAGAAGCAAAGGUGUUCGGACUGCUUCCGUUGCUUAGGACGUAUCUGGGCAAGAAGACCGGCAAGUGGCAAGGCACAGUAGGCGCUUUCGAGCUGAUCGGCCGCAUGGCGGACAAGGCCAAGAUAGGCAUGGACAGCAUGCAGGCAGAGAAGGACAAGGAUGUGUUGCGGGAAGCGAUGGGCAAGUGGCUAGACCGGCUGAUACCGACCGUCGAAGCAGGCAUGCACGACUUGAAGGCAGAGGUCUCGAAGCAGGCUAUCAAGUCGAUGAACAGUCUCACCACGCUCCUACAGAAUGACGAUGUCGGCCCCAAGAUACCAUUACUUAUCAAGAGCAUGGAGGACCCGAGCACCGAAGCACAGAGAAAAGCGAUCCAUGCACUGAGCCAAACCACCUUCGUGACCGUGGUCACGAGUCCCGUGCUUGCGCUCGUUACGCCGCUACUUGAACGAUCACUGAACACGCCCACUACUACGCAGGAAGUUCUGCGGCAGACUGCGGUCGUGGUAGAGAACUUGACAAGACUUGUGCAUGAUCCGGUGGAGGCUCGAGCGUUUCUGCCCAAGUUGAUGCCUGGUGUGCAGCGUGUGAGAGACAAUGCUUCGCUACCUGAGGUGCGGGAGAUCGGGCAGAGGGCGCUGGAUGUCAUGGUCAAGGCUAUGGGUGAAGGGCAGAACGGCGACGCAAAAGCCGCUGAAGCUAUUGAGCGAACACUGCCGGAACAUGUACUGGCCGUGCUGGAGAAGGAAGUACAGCGGAAUGGCGGAUUGCUCGAUUAUCCCGGAGAUGCAGAUAUUUGGACCCACGUCAAGCAAUACAUCUCCGAGCUGGUGGCAGAAGAUGUGAACCAGCGCGCUCUCGAGCGUGUCGUGCAGAACACCGGACCUUACCUGCAACGGCUCAUGGACUCCAGCAAGGCGGAUGCGGUUGCGGAAGCCGUGCACAAGUUCUACGUCGACGAGGACAAGCGUAAAUUCGGCGCUCCGAUCAAGGAGGACGACGGCGAGGUCGAAGUCGUCAAUGCCAACUUCUCGCUUGGUUACGGCGGUAUGCUGCUUCUCUCGCACACCAACCUGCGACUGCUGAAAGGUCACCGAUAUGGUCUGUGUGGCCGUAACGGUGCCGGGAAGUCCACCCUAAUGCGCUCGAUAGCUACCGGCAAGCUAGACGGUUUCCCGCCCCAAGACGAGGUCCGCACUUGUUUCGUAGAGCACAACCAAGGCGAAGCUGCAGACAUCACGAUUCUAGAGUACUGCCUUCGCGACCCCGAGCUGCAAGCGGAGGGCAAGGAACGCAUCUCUGCGGUCUUGGAAGAGGUCGGCUUCACCGCCGGCCCUGAAGGUCGGCAGCAGCAACUGGUCGGCACUCUGUCCGGUGGCUGGAAGAUGAAGCUCGCUUUGGCUCGUGCUAUGCUUCUCCGUGCAGACGUCUUCCUACUGGAUGAGCCGACGAACCAUCUUGACGUCGGCAAUGUGAAGUGGAUGCAGGAGUACCUAAAGUCGCACACCGAGAUCACGAGUCUAAUCGUCUCGCACGAUUCUGGUUUCUUGGACGAAGUCUGCACGGAUAUCUAUAAUUACGAGAACAAGAAGCUCGUGCACUAUCGUGGCAAUCUUUCGGCUUUCGUCAAGCAGAAGCCGGAUGCGAAGGCGUACUACACGCUUUCGGCCACACAAGUGCAAUUCAAGUUCCCACCUCCAGGUAUCCUGACCGGCGUGAAAAGCAACACCCGUAGCAUCCUCCGUAUGACCGACUGCACCUUCACUUACCCCGGCGCAGCGAAACCAAAUCUCUACAAUGUCUCUGCAUCCCUGUCCCUCAGCAGCCGCGUUGCCAUCAUUGGCCCCAAUGGUGCCGGCAAGUCCACUCUCAUCAAAGUCUUAACCGGCGAAGUCAUUCCACAGUCAGGCAAAGUCGAGAAACACCCUAACCUCCGCAUUGGCUACAUCAAGCAGCACGCUUUGGAGCACGUUGAGAUGCACCUAGAGAAGACGCCAAACCAGUACUUACAAUGGCGUUACGCAAACGGCGACGACCGCGAAGUCAUGAUGAAGCAAACUCGGCAACUCACAGCCGAAGACCAAGAGCAAAUGGAGAAGCGCUUCGACAUCGGCGAUGGCAAAGGCAUGCGGCAAGUUGAGGCACUCAUCGGUCGCCAGAAGUACAAGAAGAGCUUCCAGUACGAGGUCAAGUGGGUCGGCUGGCUACCGAAGCACAACUCACAAAUUUCGCGCGAGACGCUGAUGGAGUGGGGCUUCCAGAAGCUCAUCCAGGAGUUUGACGAUCAUGAGGCGAGUCGCGAGGGUCUUGGUUUCCGGGUGCUCGAACCGAAGAUCAUCAGCAAGCAUUUUGACGAUGUGGGUUUGGACCCGGAGAUUGCGAACCACAAUGAGAUCUCGGGAUUGUCGGGUGGGCAGAAGGUCAAGGUUGUACUGGCGGGCGCUAUGUGGAACAACCCGCAUUUGCUUGUGCUCGAUGAGCCGACCAAUUUCCUGGACCGAGACUCGCUGGGCGGUCUUGCUGUCGCUAUCCGAGACUACAAGGGUGGCGUGGUCAUGAUCUCGCAUAACGAGGAGUUCGUCGGCGCGCUGUGUCCAGAACAGUGGCAUGUUGACAAUGGCCGACUCACGCAGAAGGGCCAUCUGGCCAUCAACCUUGACCGCUUUGAGGACAGCAGCAGGCCAGGGUCGAGCGUUGUGUCUUCCGCGGGUGGCUCGAGCGCGGUGUCUUCCGCCGGACCCAGCACGAAUGGCACCCCGGAUGGCAGUGCGCAGGUUAGCGAGGCGGAGGGCGGCGAUAUGAAGUUCAAGGCGAAGAAGAAGAAGAAGUUGACGCGGGCGCAAGUAAAGGAGCGCGAGGUGCGGAGACGGUUGAGGCAUAUUGAGUGGCUGAACAGUCCGAAGGGCACGCCGCAUCCGCCUGAUACGGAUGAUGAUGAGUAA